UUGACAACUUGUACGCGGGGUCCCGCGCGUAUCCACGUGGUGCAUGUUUCCAAUACAGUUGUUUUAGAUAAAGAAACAAUACGUUUAGAAAAUUUUAAGUGUUUUAACUUUCUUUUAACUAUUAUUAACAACGAAGCGGUUCUGGAAAGUUCUGUAACGGUACUGCUACUUGUCCAGAUAAGCGCUGUGGUGUCUAGCUAGGCAAGAAGAAAUUGGAGUUUAAAUUAAAGCGCUGCUGUCUCAUUUCGGAGGUCCUCACCAGACAGAGCUGUAACAGUAUGGGAUUCAUGGUGUGUUGUCUUCCCGUCCUGGUGUGCUGCUUCUUGGGACAUGCACAAUCGGCAACCACGUGUAGAGCCAAUCAGUUCCAGUGUGGGAAUGGGAAGUGCAUCACUGUCAAGUGGGUGUGUGACGGUGCCAAUGACUGCGCAGAUGGCACCGAUGAGGAGCCGGCCGUUUGCCUGGCCAGGACAUGUUCGCCUGAUGAGUUUAGCUGCGGUGGCCACCUGAACCAGUGUGUGCCCAAAAGGUGGCGCUGUGAUGGCAAGGCUGACUGUGUGAAUCAGGCAGAUGAGGAAGGCUGUGUGCCGAAGAACUGCACCGACGAUGAGUUCCGCUGUUCCAACGGACAGUGCGUGUCGAUGUCGUUUGUGUGCGACGAUGACCGCGACUGCGAGGACGGCAGCGACGAGGCCUCGUGCCCCUCUGUCACCUGCACGCCCGGCUCCUUCCAGUGCAACAACUCUGUGUGCGUGCCGCAGCUGUGGGCCUGCGAUGGCGACUCUGACUGCACCGAUGGCUCUGACGAAUGGCCCGCGCACUGUGGGCACCGGCCGCCGCCCCCCUCGGCCUCCCGCUGCUCUGACCUCGAGUUUCAAUGCGACAACGGAGAGUGCGUGCACGGUAGCUGGAGGUGCGACGGUGGUGCCGACUGCGUGGACCGCUCCGAUGAGGCCAACUGCAGCCAUCACACCUGCCGGCCUGAUGAGUUUCAGUGCGGCGACGGCUCCUGCAUCCACGGCAGCCUGCAGUGUAACCAUGAGCAUGACUGCAGGGACUUGAGUGACGAGCUGGGCUGUGUGACCGAGGUUCGCUGCGAGGGCCCGAGCAGGUUCCAGUGUCGUAGCGGGGAGUGCAUCAGCAUAGACAAGGUGUGCAACAAGGCAAGAGACUGCAGGGACUGGUCCGAUGAGCCCAUCAAAGAGUGCGGCACAAAUGAGUGCCUCAUCAACAAUGGCGGCUGCUCCCACACCUGCGAAGACCUGAAAUACGGCUACCGCUGUUCAUGCCCCACUGGCUUCCUGCUGGUGGAUGGAAAACGGUGUGAGGACAUUAAUGAGUGUGCUGAUCCAGACACCUGCAGCCAGAUCUGCGUCAACCUGGAGGGAAGCUACAAGUGUGAGUGUGAGGAGGGUUACCAGAUGGACCCAGCCUCUAAGACCUGCAAGGCAGCCUCUGGCUCCGUACCGUAUCUGUUCUUCACCAACCGCUACGAGGUGAGGAAGAUGACACUAGAUCGUAGCGAGUACACCCGCUUCAUCCCCCAGCUCAGGAAUGUCGUGGCCUUGGACACAGAGAUCCCCACCAACAGGAUCUACUGGUCUGACCUGUACCAGAAGAAGAUCUAUAGUACUGACAUGAAUGAGGCUGGGAACCCAUCCAGCCACCGUGCUGUGAUCGACUCGGGGAUCGAGGCACCUGAGGGGAUCGCCGUUGACUGGAUCCACAGCAACAUUUAUUGGACAGACAGCGUGCACAGCACCAUCUCUGUGGCAACGACUGAUGGGGCCCGGCGCAAGACGCUGGUCAGAGAAAGUCUGAUCAGGCCCAGGGCCAUUGUGGUUGACCCCAAGAACAACUUCAUGUACUGGACUGAUUGGGGUGUCCCAGCCAAGAUCGAGAAGAGUGGCCUGAAUGGGCUUGACCGUACACCUCUGGUGACUGAGAACAUUGAGUGGCCCAAUGGCAUCACACUGGACCUGCUGAACCAGAGGCUCUAUUGGGUGGACUCGAAGAUCCACACGCUCUCUAGUGUUGACGUCCAGGGUGGAAGCCGCCACACGAUCAUCUUUGAUGAGCAAAACCUUGUGCACCCUUUGUCCCUGGUAGUGUUUGAGGAGAAAGUUUUCUGGACCGAUGCAGUCAGCAGAUCAAUCCUAAGUGCUAACCGCCUCACAGGCAGUGACAUCACUGCUAUAGCACAGAACCUGGUAUCCCCUGAAGACAUCGUGCUUUACCAUGACCUCCAGCAGCCCACUGGCACAAACUGGUGCAAAGAGGGUGAUCUUCCCAACGGGGGCUGUGAGUUCCUAUGCCUUCCAGCCCCACAAAUCAACAGCCACUCUGCCAAGUAUACAUGUGCCUGUCCAGAUGAUAAGGUGUUGGGCCCAGACAUGAGGACAUGUGUGACAGCUGCAGAUGCUCCAUUGCCUCCUGAUGAACCAAACAACACCCCCAGAGUUCCAGCUAGGACCACCCAUAGACUGCCGGUUCCCACCAUAACCAGCACUACGCAGCGCUCUACCUCCCACGUGACCAAGUCUGACAGAAAUGCAUUCAAGUCAACCUUGGAGUCUAAGGUCAUUAUGCAUGAAGGCAAUGCCAAUGGAUUGGUUAUUGAAUCAAAAGAUUCUGAAACAUCCUCUCCAACUGCUCUGUACAUCAUCUUACCCAUCGUCCUCCUUUGCCUGAUUGCAUUUGGGGCUGCGCUGCUGUGGAGAAACUGGAAGCAGAAGAACACCAUUAGCAUGAACUUCAUCAACCCCGUCUACCAGAAGACCACAGAAGAUGAGGUGCACAUCUGCAGAAGCCAGAGUGAGGAAGGGUUCAACUACCCAUCGCAGCAGAUGAUCAUUCUAGAUGAAGAGCAGAUGACCUAACAGCCUCCCAGAAGCACAAUUCCAAAACCAUACAGAGACCAGGCUGUGGAGAACUGGGAUUAUCCGUCGUGCUGCUAAGAGGUCUUGUUUUCUUUUUUUGCGAAGACCUCAGAAAACAAGAACUGAUAUUGUGGCUUUCCUUUGUAACCUGAACGCUGCAGCCCGUUUGUGAAAACUACAGAAAAACUCCAUCUGAAAAUAGUUUCCUAUGAAACAGUGUAGUUGGUUAACUGUCCAUUACAAACCAAAAAAAUCCACUGACACCUUUCCUAUACUGUGUGCACCUAAGCCUAGUUUUAAGUGAAGGACUGGGAAAAGAUUGAAGGAUUAUGCAGAUACUUCUAAUAGAAGAACGGCUUUUGUCUGAACACUAAUAUUUUAUUGGUUGGUUUUUUUCGCUUUUGCAUAUCUCUGGAAAAAAUGGGUGAAGUGUGAUCUCUACCUGCCUACAACAGCUGAAUAUCACUUGAAUUUCUGAGGAUUUAUAUUGUUUACAUUUAAUCUUUAUGGUAUUUAGAAAUCUGGAUUUCCUAGUCUAGAAACUUCUGUGUACCAAACACAUUUAUAUAUAGAUAUAUAUUACUGUGGAUGUAUGUCUUGCACUAUUUAUAAUUUUUGCCUUACUCUGACCUCCACCCCUUUUUCCAAUAUACCAUGUAAAAUGUUUGCUACCAAGACUCGAGAAAGCUUUCCUGAAUAUAUACAAAAGUUUUAAACACAAGCCAUAGCUUCUUUGCCAUUUAUCUACACCCGGUGGUGCUUUCUCAGGGUUUGUAAAACGUAGCCUUUUUAUGUUAUAUGUGAUUAUCGUACAUUAUGAAGGGAUUUUUUUUCCCCCUUCCUGCCUUACAUUGUCCAGUGACGCUCUCAUGUUUUGACGUGAGCACUUGCGCCAGUGUAUGAUCAUGUGAUGCCAAAUGUUCUCUAGUGACCUGUUUCAUAGCCAGUGUGAAACUUGCUGUUUGUGCAGUUCUCUGUAUAACUUCUAUGUAGCUGCUCUUAAAUGACUAUCACUUGAUUGGGGGAAAAUCACCACUUGAUUAAAAAUAAGUUGUUUAAUUAUUUUAGGUGCAACAGAUUUCCUUUAUAGGACUGAAACUGCCUGCUCCAACCCCUGCAAUUAAUAAUUGUUUCUGGGAAAAUAGUUAAAUGGAACAUUAUUUGCACUGUAUAGGGCAGCAGGUGUCAUAGUGGCAAAGGACUGGGAAUUUUUAGCCUGCUGCCUUAAACCUCAUUGCCCUGUUAUUGCUGUAGUACCACUGAGGAAGGUACUUAACCUGAAUUGUUCCAGUGAAAAUAUUCAGUCGUAUAAAUGGGUCAAAAUCUGCAAAUUGUUUUGGGUAAAGAUCCUCAGUUUAGCAAUGAAUGAAAAGUAAUGUUCAGGGUGUGGUGAUUUAAAAUGCAUUCUGUCCGUUAUAUCUGCUAAUGGAGCACUUUUUUUGUGCUUAAGGCAAUGAGUUUGCCUCUUUCACAGCAAUCCUUACUCCUUUUUCAAUGAGUGCAAUGAUACCGGUUUCCAGAAGUCAGCCUCAGUACUGAAAAUAUGUACAUAUCUUGUAAAUAUAUGUAUUCACUGUAAAUGUUUCCCUUUUGUAGAUCUUAUUAGCCAUUAAGGUUAUAUAUUUUAAAUCUGGGAUUUGUAGAUACGCAAUUUCUAAAAUAUAUUUCU